CCAGUUGAGCGUUUCUCCGCGCUCGCGGAGUCCCGGCGCCAAAGCGCUGCGACCUUCGAUCGAGGGAGAAGAAGCAGCGCUCGAGCUUGCGGUCGCAAGUUCGGGUAACCCGCUCGAGUCGUCAAUCCGAAAGCGAGCUUUAGAAUAACGCUGCAAGAUUACUACGAAAGCCACCUAUCACGGAAAGCUGCACUUUAAGCCACAUCUGGACUAAUUAUUUAUAAAAGAAAUCAUGGAGUCACGUACAGAGUUUAAACUUAAAAGUCCUCCAACCGAUGCUGUUUCAGCUGUAGAGUUUGGGCCCAAUUCCACGCAAUUUUUACUUGUAUCUUCGUGGGAUAGUACAGUUCGGUUGUACGACAUACAAACAAACACCUUACGAUUGAAAUACAAUCACGAUCUACCAGUACUUGAUGUAGCAUUUCAGGAUGCUGUUCAUGCAUAUAGUGGUGGACUGGGUAAAGCUUUAAAAAUGUACGACAUCAACACAAAUACAGAAACUAUUAUGGGCUCGCAUGAAGAACCUAUCCGAAAGGUAGAGUACUGUCCUGCUGUUAAUGCUAUCCUAACUGGUGGUUGGGAUGCUACAGUGAAAUUAUGGGAUCCAAGGUCACCAACAUGCGUAGGAAGUUACAUUCAACCAGAUGUGAUCUUAGCCCUUUCAGUUUGCGGUGAUAAAUUUGUCGUUGGAACAGCAAAGAGGAAAGUUUGCAUUUGGGAUUUGAGAAAUAUGGCUGGCAUGUUCCAGAGGCGAGAAAGCAGUCUAAAAUACCAAACUAGGUGUAUCAAAGGUUUUCCAAAUGAACAGGGCUAUGUUUUAAGUAGCAUCGAAGGCAGAGUUGCUGUAGAAUAUUUAGAUACUACACCAGAAGCUCAGAAGAAAAAAUAUGCAUUCAAAUGUCAUAGAAUAAAAGAAAACAAUGUGGAGCACAUUUAUCCUGUAAAUGCCAUAAGUUUUCAUUCUGGAUAUAACACGUUUGCCACAGGAGGCUCAGAUGGAUACGUCAAUAUUUGGGAUGGAUUUAAUAAGAAGAGAUUAUGUCAGUUUCAUCGUUAUAAUGCUGGUGUGGCAGCUUUGAGUUUCAGUCAAGAUGGCUCAGUUUUGGCAAUUGGAGUGUCGUAUUUGAAUGAAGCCGAAAUUCCACCUGGUGGUAAUGAUGAGAGAGAAGUUUACAUAAGAUAUGUAAAUGACCAAGAAACUAAACCAAAAUAAAUUUAUCUACAAUGAAAAUUUAAUCCAAAAUGAAAAUCUCAUUGAAAAUCUUUGAAUAGAACUUU